AUGGCGUCCAAUGAUCCUGGAAUCGUGUCGGCUCUCUCGGAAGAUCCAAUCAAAGGCGCCGUCACUGGCAGUAACAGUGGCUCAUUAGAAGAGGUCGACAAACCCAUUGCUCCCGAUCAAUUUGACGAGAGAUAUGAGACUUCCAAGUGGGAGGUCUGGAGCUAUUAUGCCUACUACAUUGGAAAUAAUGGCCUAACGCUUUUCAACUUUGGCCCUACUGCCGCGCAAAACUUGGUCUAUCAACACGCCGAAGCGAUUGGAGGUCCAGGGAAUACCAUAGUACGCUUCGCUGGAGCCAACCGGACGAUAAACAGUGUCAUUCUGCUUUGUAACGGCAUCAGCUUCGCGAUCCAAUGUGCCAUCUUCCUGGUCUUGGGAUCUUUUGCCGAUUUCGGAACCUUUCGUCCAAACAUUCUCAUCGUUCUGUCUCUGAUCGCUUGGGGAAUUGGAUUCGGCUGGCUGGGAGUUCACACCGUCGAUGACUGGCAGAUCGGACUGGGAUUGUACAUGGUCGGGCUCAUUGCAUACCAACUAUGCUUAACUUAUUGGACCGCGGCAUUUCCAGGACUCGCACGAAAUACGAGAGUGAUGAGAGACAAGGCACGGGAAUUCGAAUCUGGAGACAUUUCUCGCGAGGAGUAUGAUCAUGUCGAUAGUAUGAAGCGGAACGAGCUAAGCAACACGGCAUUUUAUGUGCAGAGUGUUGGCGAGCUCUUCAUUCUGGCAGUCAUUGUCGGUAUCAUGUUUAGCUUGCAUGUGAACGCCAGUACCGCAAAUAACAACUACGGAUUGAGCGUUCUCAUAGCCUUCGCUUCGGGAGUAUGGCUCUUGCUGGCUAUUCCAUGGUUUGUAAUGGAGAAGAGGCGGCCGGGUCAAGACCCCGGUAUGAACAUUGUGCUUGCUGGAUUCUGGCAGUUGCGGAGGGCUGUUGCAGAGAUCUGGCAGUUGAGACAGAGUCUCUUCUAUCUCAUUGGUAACGUCUUGCAAUACCCUGUCCAGAAGCGUUUGCUAACUGCGUGUUUAGGAUACUUCCUACUCGGAGACUCUCUGAACACGACGGUGACGGUCAUCGGAACGCUACAGAACGAGAUUGUGGCUUACAACACGCUCCAACUGACCUAUCUCCUCAUCGUCGGUAUUGCGGCUCAAGCCGCAGGCAUCUGGAUCUUCUGGAACGUCCAGAAGCGCUAUGAUCUCUCCACAAAGACAAUGUUCAACGCCGUCGCCGUGGGAAUCAUUCUGCUGGACGGCUGGGGCAUGAUUGGGAUUUGGACCCAGAGCUUUGGAUUCCAUAAUACAUGGGAGGUCUGGGUGUAUCAGGCGUUUUACGGACUCUUCGUCUGUCCGUGGUACAGUUACUCACAGACUAUGAUCAGUGAAGUAACACCGCGUGGAAAAGAAUUCCUAUUCUUCAGCUUAUUUUCCAUCAUUGGCAAGACCAGCUCAUUCAUCGGCCCAUUCAUCUCUUCCGCAAUCAUCGACGAUACAGGGAACAAUUCCUCGCCAUUCUACUUCUUGUUCGCCCUGAGUUUGGCGAGUUUUCUCUUCUUGUUAUUCUUCGUGGAUGUCAAGAAGAGCCGCAUUGAACAGGCUGAGUUCCUUGAGAGGGAGAGGAUAGCAAAGGAGAAACUUAAGGGUGCGGAUAGUGUAUCGACACUACUUUGA